CAGCGCCACGAAGCUGCAGGAUGUGUGCAGAGCGGAUAUGCAGGCUCCAUGUCAUACCCACGCAUGUAACAGUAUCGUGCUCCUGGUGGAGGCUGGCGGGGAAGCUCUGCAUGUGUAUAGACCCAGACACGUCCCUCUGCAGAGCACACCGUGUGCGGCGUGCGGAGCAUGCUGUUGGCGCAGCGCACAGCUGUCACACCACACACAUGCGUUUAUUAGGCUCAGUCACACAUGUACGUGGUAUACGGCGGCCCCUGGGGGAUCAGUCCUUUUUCCAGAGCCCACCCUCGUCCCGUGCGGCGCCAUAACCGCCUAACAUGACGCCAUGCCGAGGCCCCGCCCCGCCGGUGACAGCGCCCGUCUCCCGCAGACCCCUCUGUGCUAUUUAGCCCAGCGCCCGCCCAAUUGCGCCGCGCUCCCCUCCCCUCAGUCCUGUGCGGCGCUCGCUACUGGUGGCUGGCCGCGCCCCUUCCGUGGCGUCACGCAGAGGCCCCGCCCUCCUGUGCGGUGCUGCUGAGCGGCGUGUAUUCCGGGCCCUCUGUGUCUCCUCCAGUGCCACCGCCGUCGUGUGUGCUCCGACCGAAGAGCCGGGACGGAAGAGCUAGAGGCAGAAGCCAUGCAGCGUGCGAAGCAGAAGGAAGAGGAGCCGGAAGUAACGGUAGGGCCCCAGGCGGGCCCAGCCGGAGAAUCGUCACCGAGGAGCGGCAUGCAAGAGCAGGAUAGUCCGGUGAUGCUGUGUAAGGAGGAGGCCGCAGGGGAUACAAGUUCAAUAAAUACCAUGUAUCCAGAGCCGUUGGAUUCAUAUCCUGGUGGGCUUUUCCCAGGUUCUGCCUCCUUUUCUUGGAGUUCCCCAGAUAGUAGUGGAGAAAGCCGUAUCCACGCAGGAGGAACAGUGCAAGAGGCCUGUGGGGAACGUGCUUCCCGGCCGGGAAAUAGCCGCAUUCCUGGAAAAGACCACCGGCGUUACUACCACAAUCACUGGAGACUUGAGUAUUUGAUGGACUUCAAUGCUCACUCUCACAGCAUGAUUUGUAUGGUGUGCGGCAGUUCUUUGGCCACUUUAAAGCUCAGCACCAUCAAAAGACACAUUCGUCAGAAACACCCCUAUUCUCUUAAUUGGACUCCCUGCGAGAAGGAGGUCAUUAUUGGUAGCUGGGAUGCGCACCUAUGUGUUGAUGCUCAGACACUUGCAGGAAGUGAAGAGCAGGGGGCAGAGGGUGUCAAAACCAGAACUGGUCCUAAAAAGAAAAGACGUCGUCUCCCUCCAGUUGCUAAAGGAACAUGGCGUCAUGUCUUUGGCCCUGAGCGACCGCAGCCUUCACCUCCUGACAAAGACCAACUUGAACAAUACAUGAAUGAGUCUAUUCAGCAGUGGUUGCGAUUAGAGUUUCUGAUGGAUUUUGAUUGUCAAGCUAACAAGCUCCACUGCAUGAUGUGUACAACAGCUUUACCAAGUCUCAGCCUAAAUGAUAUCAAGCAACACAUCUUGGACACCCAUCCUACAUCUCUCCAAUUCAGCCCUACUCAGAAAAGUGUGAUCCUAGAGGCCUGGAUUACUCGAAAGGAGACACCAGAAGAAGAGUUGGAUGAAGAAAUGGAUGAUGAUGACGAGGAGGAGGAAGAGGCAGAAGAUGACCUGGUGAAUGAAGAUGGUCAAAUGGACAAAGCAAUGACAAAAUCAAGAUCGGAAAAGAAUGUGUUAAAGGGUAAAAUGUUAGAGUUCAAGGAAAAAAAUGAGGACAUCGAGCAUAUGACAGAUGAGAGUCUACAGCAUAGUGAGGAAGAAGUGGUGAAAAAAGAUAAACUAGAGCCCGACGAUGGGAAGAUGCAGGAGGAAGGGCUAAAGAUGGAUAUUGAUGCACAGCUGCUUGGGAAAGGACAGAAAGCCAGAAAUAAGCAGCUGCUAGAGGAGGAUAAAUGUGAAGCUAAAGACGAGCAACUAUUGGAGGUAGACAAACUAAAAGCUAGGGAGCUGGAGCUGCUGGAGGAGCAACGGAAAGCUAGGGAGGCACAACUGCUGGAAGAGCAACAGAAAGCUAAAGAAGCACAGCUGCUGGAGGAGCAACAACAGAAAGCUAGGGAGGCACAGUUGCUAGAAAAGCAACAAAAAGCUAGAGAGGCACAAUUGCUGGAGGAGCAACAGAAAGCUAAGGAAGCACAGCUGCUGGAGGAGCAACGAAUAGCUAGGGAGGCACAGAUGCUGGAGGAGCAACAGAAAGCUAGGGAAGCACAACUUUUAGAGGAGCAACAGAAAGCUAGGGAGGCAGCUCUGCUAGAAGAAGAGCAACGAAAAGCUAGAGAGGCAGAGUUGCUAGAGGAGAAACAGCGGAGAGCCAGAGAGGUACAGCUUCUGGAGGAAGAGAAAAAGAAAGUCAGAGAAGCACAGUUGUUAGAGGAAGAGAAAAAGAAAGCAAAGCUGUUACAGGAGGCUAACAGACUUAAGCAACAGGAGGUAAAGGUGCAAAGUUUAUUAACACAACAGCAGAAUGUUGAAGCAGAAAGGAUUGUGAAGAUAGAGGAGUUAGAUGAGCUAGAUGAGCAGAACGCUGAACAAAUCAAAAGGCAUAAAGAGGACGCACAGCCUACAACCGAGACUCUGCUUGAGAAGAAGCAGUGGGAGUUGUUGGGACAGAAUCAUCAGAAAGGGCUCGAAGAAGGGAAAUCCCAGUCUAUUGAGCCAGAGAACCAAAUUCUAAAGGUGCAACAAGUACAGCAGACCUCAACUGUACUGGGACUUGGACUUCCUAUGUUAAAAGUAGAAACUCCAACACCUAUCAUUAUAACACGGGUCUCUGUUGUCCCAGAGCAUACCCUUGUCCAGACAUCAAAACCCUCCACUUCCACUGCUGACCUCUCAAAAAGCUGGCGGGUUAUUGCUCCCAAGGUCUCGCUGGUAGAACCUAAAAUACAAAAAACACCACCCGCUGCUGCUAGCACUGAUUCUUCCCAGUGGCCUCCUGGGGUUGACCCAAUGAUAUGGGAGGUGAGUUUGUGGCGUGGAAACAGCAAUUUUUCCCUUAAUCGUAGCCAGCACGUCUCUUACCAAAUGCGUUGGCGCUCACAAUACCUGAUGGACUUCAAUGGAUUGCGUGGCAGUGUGGUCUGCAUGUACUGUUGCUCCACUUUAACAGUUCUAAAAGAGAGCAGCAUCAAAAGACACAUCAUACAAAAGCAUCCGCAUACAGCCAACUUCAGCAGCGAGGACAAGAAAACGGUCAUCCUUGACUGGGAGACAAAGUUGACUGAAAUAAAGAAGAUAGCGGCAAAGCAAAACAGUGAAGGGGUUGUUACAGGAGUAGGAGAGCAGGGAAUGAAUGUGAUACAAUUGCCGGACGGUAACCCUGUGGAAGAAGAGGAGGAAGAGAGCAGCUGGGCUGGAGUGUUGCCCGAAGGCAAAGGUGCUUCUUGGGAAUUUGCUUUUGGAAGAUUGCAGGGCAAAGCAAAGGACCCCCGCAAGUACCAGCAUGACCGUUGGAAGCUAGAGUACCUAAUGGACUACACCCCAGCAAAGGAUGGAUUGGUUUGCAUGGUAUGUGGGGUGACUCUUAUGAAUCCCAAAAUUAGCACCGUGAAGAUGCACAUCCAACAGAAACAUCCAGAUACAACUUACCUGAGUGACCAAGAGAAAGCUGUGGUUAUGGAGGAGUGGGAGCAGAAAAUCGCUGCUGGCAAGAAAGGAGCUGGCUUCCAAGGCGGUGAGGACGAAAUCUGCAUAGAAAUCAACGAAGAUUCAACCUCCUCUGAAACAAAUGGAUCAGCCUCCAGUCCACGUUCCGAAAUAAUUUUACCAACGUCCUCCAAGACUGCUAAAUCUGCCACAUCCCUACCGCCACCAUGUAAUAGUGCGAAGCGUAACUACCAGGUGCGCUGGCGUACAGAGUUCAUGAUGGACUAUGACUGCCGCAGGGAGGGCCUCAUUUGUAUGGUGUGUGGUGGCACACUGGCCACCCUGAAAGUCAGCACUAUCAAGCGCCAUAUAGUCCAAGUGCACCCUUAUUCCGUAGACUUCACAACUGAGGAGCGACAGAGGAUCUUGGAGGCCUACAGUGAAAUGGCACUACAUUACAUCCACUCUGAGGAGUGUUUUAAAACCCAGCCCCAGGAGGAAGUGAAAGGACGUAAGAGAAAGUCUGCUGCUAUGGAGGAUGCAUGAGGACCCCAGAAAUCAUACCUAAAAUCUACAAUCUGGCCCAGUGUCUUGCUCACUCCUAGUGUUUGCGCAUUGAGGCGGUGUGUUCCCUUUUAUCCCGCUCUUUCCUCCCAUUCCAGAGACUGGUAGAGGGCCCACCACCACUUGCCAGGCAGACUUGCACCCCAUAGUUCUUCCCUUGCUAACAGUUACAGUGCAUCCUUUAGUCGCUUUCAGAAGUCUAAAUAUUGUCUAACUUUCCCCCUGCAAGCAGGUUGUAAUCAUGCACCACUUAACUAUAUACCUGUGGCUUCCCAUCUAACAGCCACAGCUACCAGACUAAGAGAAUCAGGUUUUCUGAGAAAUUUCUUUUGGAACAGAAUACACAGCGAUGAACUUUUAUUUCUUGUAUAUUAUUUUAAACCAUUAUUUCACCCAAAUGCGUGAAUCUCAUCAAAUGUGUUGAUUCCCCCCCACCCCAUCCACAUCAUAAAUGUUUUGUUGCAAGAAACAUGAUGCAAGAUUUUUUAACCCUUUUUGAAUUAAUUGACCCUUUUAUUUACAUAAAAGCAAACCAUUUUCAAUGUUGCUUUUUCCGAGAUAUGUAAAAAUGUACCUUUUUUUAAUAUGUUGAAUGGUUACUGCAGUUAUAGUUAAGGGUGCACUUGUGUGCUACAACUAUUGAUAUUGUGUGUGCACGCUGCAGACAUGGAUUCCUCCACCUAGUGAGUGAGGCUAGAAGCAGUGGCGGUUGCUGUGGUAGAGAUGUAUAGGACGCUGUGGCCUGUAGCUGGUGGGGCGAUGCAAUCAUUGGCCGUUGUUCUAUGAAGCAAAAUGAACUAGAUAUAAAUUAUGGUGGAAUAGAUCUGUUAAUCUCACAGGUAAUUAAAUUAUUAUUGAAAGUAGUUGUCUGCACAGGGCCAGGACAGCUACACCUUGUCCACCAGCUGUGAGCCAGAGUUCCUGGACAACUGCCUCUAUAGAAGUAGCUCUCCACUGCAGUUAUUCGUACAGAUAACCCUGAAAUAAGGGAUCACUGCAGCACACAUAAUUCUCAUGGAGUGGAGGUUCAGUGACCAUUGGAGUGCUAUAUGGGCUAUUUCUUUUCCCUUUAGAAGAGAAUUUGUGAUCACCUUUAGCAUAGUAUGCUCAUUUGCCCGUACAGGCUUUCACUUACAGGAAAGCAUUUGCAAGUUUGAAUUGCAAAUUUAAACAUGUUUGGUAGCGUACUUGGGGACCUGUUCUUCACUUUCUUUUCUGAUCAUUUUAUUUGGCUGAUCAAUAUGGAAAGUAUGCUCCAAUAAUAAGAAUAAAACAUAACAAAGA